GGGGGGAUUUUGGCAGCGGGGGUGACCUUAUCUGUAGGGCUGGUGCAAGAGGGAGCAGCCGAUGGGCUGGGGAAGGAUUGAGAGCUGCGGCUGACCCGUUUCUCCAGCCAGCCCGUUGCCCGCAUCCUGCGCUGGGGCCGGAGGGGAAGGAAGGACGGCUCCGACACUGCUCAGGGUGUUCCUGGAGACUGGACACUCGACAGGCGCCAUGCACGACUGUACAGAGGGCGAGAGCCCAGGCCCCCGGCUGGUGAGACCCCUCCUGGGGAGAUGUGGCUGCUGCGCUGGAGCCCAUGGCAGCCGUGGGCCUCCCCUUCACGGCCGGAGCUGGAGGAACGGGACCCAGGAGGCGUGCAGGCAGGGGCUGAGGGUGCAGAAGUCCCUCGUGUCGUCCAGAUCGGAGCCGGUCCAGCACCAAGAGCUGUGGGGGCAGGACGCGAUGCAGGCCAUGCAGCCCCCUUGCGAGGCCGAGCUGCCCUCCGCGACCCCACAGCUGGCAGCGCGGGAUGAGCUCCCCACCCCAGAGCCCUGGCGCCAGCUCUUCCGUGGCCUGUGCUACCGGGAAGCCGAGGGCCCAGGGAAGAUUUGCAGCCGCCUGCGGGAGCUGUGCCGGCGCUGGCUGGAGCCCCAGCACCGCAGCAAGGAGCAGAUGCUGGAGCUGGUGGUGCUGGAGCAGUUCCUGGCCAUCCUGCCCCCGGAGAUGCGGAGCUGUGUUUGCAGGUGCCGCGUGGAGACCUGCGCCCAGGCCGUGGCCCUGGCCGAGGGGUUUCAGCUGGGAGAGGUGGAGGACGAGAAGCUCCAGGUCACCGUGCGUGUGAAGGUCGAGGAGGGGUCCUCAGACAAGAUGCAGCCCGUGGGGGCCCUGCCGGAACCUGGUGAUUCCUGGGGGCAGCAGCCGAAGGCCCGUGGUGAGGACAGGCCUCUGGAGGAAGCAGAACAGCGGGAAACCCCGGGGCCUGAGGAUGAGCUGCCUCAUGUCACCAAAGAGGAGCCCCCACCCAACCCGGAGCCAGGCGCUGGGACCCUGAGCAGAGCGGAUCAGCAGCCUCCCAAGGAAGGGCCUGUAAACCUGGAGCUGCAGAGACCCUCCCCAGGGACAUGGGGACAGAGCGGCUCCCUGACACCUGGGCUGGGCCAGCUGCAGGAGGGGCAGGGCAGGCCGGCGAAGCAGGGGGAGAGCAUGGAGCUCCGGGAGGUGUUUGAGGACGUGGCAGUGUAUUUCACACGGGAGGAGUGGGAGCUGCUGGAAGAGGAAGACAAGGGGCUUUACCGGGACCAGAUGCUGAGGAACUACCAAGCCCUCGUUUCCCUGGCAGGAUAUCGAGGCCCUGCCCCUGACUUGAUCUGCCGCAUCCAGCGAGGACAGGUGGAGCUCUGGGUCUGUGAUGAUGAGGACCGUGGGAAAAUGCGGAAGUCAGAGGACGUGCUGCCAGGACAUGCCUGGUUGCUGAGCAGAACUGAGGAGCAGGCUUCUGAGGAAGAGCCUGGAAAGCUGAAGCAACCUUGGGCUUCCCUGGGGAGUAUGGGUGAGGUUGAUUCCCUGAACCCAGCAAAGGACCAAUGCCACAAGUUUCAGGGGAUACCCCAAAAGCAGGAAAAUGUAGCAGUGAACGAGGCCCUGUCUCUAGUUGGGCAUUGGAGUGAAGAAGGGAAAGAAUCCAGAAAAAGCCCAAGGUGCAGGAACAGAUGUGUCAUGCUGAGACACCUUAAGAGGCAGAAAGCAAAGGUCCCCUGGAGAGAGACACUGCAUGCAAGGCAAGGCAGUGGGGGACUCCUCAAAGGGAAGCAGGAGCUCACUUCCAAGCCCAGGGGGAGAGCCCGCUCAUGCCCUCAGUGCAGGAAAAGUUUUAGCUGCCCCUCACGCCUGGCUCUGCACAAGAUAAGGCAUGGUGGGGAGAUGCCCCAUGUACGUGCCACGUGUGGGAAGAGCUUCACCUGCCUCUUGACCCUGGCUGCUCACCACCAGAUCCAUUCUGGACAGCUUUCUCACCGCUUCAACAAAAGGGGGAAGAGCUUUGUGCGCAGCUUAGAGGUACUCAAAACCCAGGAUGUGCGCAGGAAGAAGCAUCAGUACCGCUGUGUCACAUGUGGUAAGACCUUCACCCAUUUCUUCUCCCUGGUUCAGCACCGUCGGAUGUACUUGGGGAGGAAGAUGCACCACUGCACCGGGUGCAGGAAGCACUUCAUCAACUGGCAAGGCCUGUCCCAACACUGGAGUGUGCGGAGGAGGCAACAGCCACACUGCUGCACGAAGUGUGGGAAGAGCUUCAGGCAGCCCUACAGCCUGGCCAGGCACAGGUGCAUGCACACACGGGAGAAGCAACAUCAUUGCUCUGUGUGUGGGAAGAGCUUCAUCUCUUCUUCCAAGCUGGCCCAACACCAGAUUGUCCACACAGGGGAGAAGCCACAUCAGUGCUCUGAGUGUGGGAAGAGCUUCAGUUAUUCUUCCAAUCUGGCCGAGCACCAGCGCAUCCACACAGAGGAGAGGCCAUAUCAGUGCUCUGAAUGUGGGAAGAGCUUCAGUUAUGCCUCCGAGCUGGCCCGGCACCAGCGCAUCCACACUGGUGAGAAGCCAUAUCAGUGCUCUGAGUGUGGGAAGAGCUUCACCCAGUCCUCCCACCUGGCCCGCCAUUACCUCAUUCACACAGGGGAGAAGCCACAUCAGUGCUCUGAGUGUGGGAAGAGCUUCACCCAAUCCUCCCAAUUGGCCCAACACCACAUCACCCACACAGGGGAGAAGCCAUAUCAGUGCUCUGUGUGUGGAAAGAGCUUCAGUUAUUCCUCCCACCUGGCCCAGCACCAACGCAUCCACACAGGGGAGAAGCCAUAUCAGUGCUCUGUGUGUGGGAAGAGCUUCAGUUAUUCCUCCCGCCUAGCCCAGCACCAGCGCGUCCACACAAGGGAGAAGCCAUAUCAGUGCUCUGAGUGUGGGAAGAGCUUCAGUUAUUCCUCUUCCCUGACCAAGCACAAGCGCAUUCACAUGGGAGAGAAGCCAUAUCAGUGCUCUGAGUGUGGGAAGAACUUCAUUUAUUCCUCCCAAUUGUCCCAGCACCAGAGCGUCCACAAAAGGGAGAAGCCACAUCAGUGCUCUGAGUGUGGGAAGAGCUUCAGUUAUUCCUCCCACCUGGCCCAGCACCAACGCAUCCACACAGGAGAGAAGCCAUAUCAGUGCUCUGAGUGUGGGAAGAGCUUCACUUGCUCCUCCAGCCUGGCCCAGCACCAGCGCAUUCACGCAAGGGAGAAGCCAUAUCAAUGCUCUGAGUGUGGGAAGAGCUUCACCCAAUCCUCCCACCUGGCCAAGCACCAGCGCAUCCACAGAAGGGAGAAGCCAUAUCAGUGCUCUGAGUGUGGGAAGAACUUCACCCAAUCCUCCCACCUGGCCCAGCACCAGCAUGUCCACACAGGAGAAAAGUCCUAUCAGUGCUCUGAGUGUGGGAAGAGUUUCAGCAUCCUCUCCAGCCUGGCCCGGCACCAGCGCAUCCACACCGGGGAGAAGCCAUAUCAGUGCUCUGAGUGUGGGAAGAGCUUCACCCAGUCCUCCUCCCUGGCUAAGCACCAGCGCAUCCACAGAAGGGAGAAGCCACAUCAGUGCUCUUAGUGUAGGCAGAGCUUCACCUACUCCUGCAGCCUGUGCUGAACACCAGUGCAUCUACACAGGGGAGAAGCUACAUCGGUGCUCUGAGUAUUGGAAAAGCUUCACCUAUCUCUCCCACCCAUCCUAUAAUAAGCACAUCCACACCCAGAAGCAUCCCUAAUUCUGCCAGCACUGCAGGAAGGGCUUUUAGAUGUCUACCUGCUCAGCACCCACCAGUGGUGCAUUCACACAAGCACCCUGAUGCGUGUGCCCUUGGAAAGAGUUCCCCCAGGCUUUGUCCCUUGUAGGGUACAGUGGAAGUCCAGAUUCCAGACGCUGGCCCCCAAGGUAUGGUUGUGGGUGGCAGGGGGCUAAAAAGAACCACCUCAGGCAGAGGUCAGCCCCGAUGUGGGGGGAGGAGGCAAGGAGGAGAUGAUGUUUGCAUCAGCCUUGGAGCCUGUGCAUUCCCCAUCAUUCUCUAAGAGUACUCCUAGGGGAAGAAGUGCCUUCACGCUAGGGUGCCCUCUCCCAAACGGCUGACUUCAGAUGACACCUGGGGACUUACCUUGGCUGCUUCCCAGCUUUCUCCUUCCUCCUGGUACAGGGGUUCUGGUAUAUAACCCCCUGAGUUGCAGGGAGGAGUGCAUUUAUGGCUGGGCAAGCAUUCCCUACCUUUCUCCCUGACCUCGCCUUUCCUCACCACCACAUCACCCCUCUUCUAGACUUGCCCAUACGCAGUGAGGUCUGCAAGGAGCUGCUUCUGCCACCUCUCGAGCCUUUUUAGCCUGUUUUGCUUUUUGGCCUCAGCAGAACUGUGCACCACAGGGUGCAUGCUGCUCCCCUGCCCUCCUCCCCUUUGUUGUAUUCUCUCUCAUGCAUUCCCUGCUACUAAAGCCCCAGAACUGGA